AUGGCCCGCGCACCCAAGCGACGCGCUCGCACGCCGUCCUCUUCCUCAGACUCAUCCGCUCCGCCGCAACAUCAGGAGGAGACGCCGCAGCAGCAUCAGCAGUCUCAGAGCCCAUACGCCAACUCGCCAACCGUCCGCGUCAACCUCCCCCUGCCCUACGACGCCACGCCCGCCCGCGGCCACCGCUUCUCGACGCUGCGCGUGGUCGCCGACCCCAGCCGCCCGCCGUCUCACUCCACUCCCGAUCCGUCGAACAGCGCCGAGGCGGGUCUCGCGGGACGCAACAGCCAAGACAGCAAGAAGGAGAAGGGCAACCGCGAGCGCAACGAACGCGCUCUUCGCCGCCGCUCCGAGCGCAGCGAGGCGCCGAGCCCGCCUGAAGAGUCGCCGUGGCGGAUGAGGAGGAAGGAGCUGCGCGCGGCGAAGAUGGCAGCGAGGCUGGCAGCGCAGCAGAAGCAGGAGAAAGAGAAGGUGGAGGAAAAGGAUGAGGCUGACGGUAGCGGCGCUAUUGGUAGUAGUUCAGCGUUCAAGCGCGCCCGCAGCACCGCCGACGUCGAGACUGGAGGAGGACCUGGCCCGGCGGCGGACCAGGAUGUCGUUGGUAUUGACGCAGCGCUCCGCACACCAGCGCCCAAGCGGGCUAAGCGCGGCGCUGAUAUUAAGGCUGAGACCGCGUUUGCGACUACAGCGCCGGAUCAUGCGCUAGAAGGCGCCACGAGCCAAUCCGCGGCGGCGAACCCCUUUGAUGCGACGUCAGAUGCUGAGACGGUCUCGAACGCGUCAGAUGACGGUGGGGAGGAGGAUGGGCAGGCACAUAAGGCUGCUGAUCGGCACCGUAGCUUGGUUUUGCUCAACGCCGCGACGAGGCAGGAAAGCAGUUUCGAGAACUCGACGACUUCGCCGUCCAACACGAACUACUAUACUCCCGGAAGCAACAACAACGAUACUGGCGGUGAGGACGUCGGACAGGACAACCAAGCCAUCGCUCACCGGAACGGCCACAAGACCAAGCAUCGCGAUCCUCGCCCCGCAAUCUUGGGCACCAUCUCCACGAGGCGCUUCUCAGCUUUCGAAGAAGAAAUCCCGCAAACCACCACCACCACCACCACCACCACCGCGUCGUCGUCUCCCAGACCGCCCCCGACGCCACCGCUGCAGCGCAUCAACCAGUCCGACCUUUUCCGCGAGGAGCUGGACGCCAUCGCCGCGAACACGACGCCUCCCAUCCUUCGCACCUACAAGUUCGUGCACGAAGUCCAGGACCCCGCCUCGCUGCAGGAGCUUCUGUCCUCGUCAUCAUCCAGCCCUUUCGCAAGCGCCAAAAACAGGAGGUCUCCGAUAUACCACAUGUUCGAGCCGAUGACCGGCCGCUUCGUGGUGCCGUCGAAGCUCAUGGGCGAGCCGGAGAUGAAUAUGCACCACCACAAGAAGCAAGUCAUGAAGGAGCAGGAGAUCCUGUACGAGGGCCGCGGCCAGCGCAGGGUCUCGGACGGCGCCCAGGGCCUCGAGUUCGGCAAGCCGCCUACGCCGAGGAAGUCGAAGAGGAGGUCCAGGAUCGUCACCAUGCCGCUGCCGCUGGUGGUGAAGAAGAAUUACGGAGGCGACCAGGGCGAUGGCCAGCAGAAGUAG